AUUUAUUUUGGCAGACAACUCUGGGCCAUACUAUUCCUGGCUACUUUACUAAAGGCUGGUUGGUCUAAUUCAAAGGAUAUCUUUUAUUGUGUACCUAUAUAUGGUAGCCAAUAAUGUGACAGACUAGAAUUGGUGGAAGCUUUGGUAUUGAAGAUUGGAGGAUGAGGUCAUAUCAGUAUGUGCAGUGGUGGUCUCUAACACCAAACAAAAAUUGUUCUAUUACUGUGAGCAACUCUUAGUAAACUUUUUCUUGGUUGGAAUUAUCUUGCACUAAAUGAUUCAAGAGUGUCAUUUGGUCACUCAAUCCAUGAUGUAUUGGUGUUAAUUAUUGGCAUCCACAUUUCCAUAGACUUGACUAAGUUGACUAGACUAAGACAGUGAUAGAACCAAAAAUGGGAGAUGAAACUUGGGCUAACAUUCAGUUGGUGAAGAGUAAGCGAGAAAGCUUCCGAGAAAAGUUGAAAAGGAGAAAAGCUGAAAGAGACACCAUCUUGUCUGUUGCUAGAAGUUCAUCAUUGUCAAUUCCAUCAGGCUCCCACACUAACAGUGAGAGUGCAGUAGGAAGCACCUCAGACACUGCCUGUACAUUAUCAAGUGAUGAAAUUGAGAAGUGCUUCAUAGAAGCCCUGCUCAGUUGUGUGCCGCCAGUGUCAGCUGAACAGCUCUGGAGCAGCUCUCCCAAACUCAGAGGGCCCAAUACCCUAUCAUUUGUCAGCACUUCAGAUCCUUCCCUACUUUCUGGCCUCCUGCAGAAAUUGGCAGGCAAGAACUAUAUCAGCCUUGGAAAUGGUGGCUCCAUCAUCACUACUGUGCACCACACUAGGCUUUCAGCAGAACUGGAGAAACUAACACCAGUUGUGGGUAAAAGUGAACCAAGUCCUGCAAAUGUUGGGUCAAGAUGUGGGGCUCCUUCAAAUGGAGCCAAUGAUAGCAGCAAUUUUGGUGAGAGACCAGGAGGCAAGCGGCUCCUGGAAGAUGAAGGUGAAGCUUUCAGUGCAAAGCGCGGCAGUUCAGACCUUCUCUCCUCCCCUCCCCGAAACACACACCCCACAGAUGACGUCAUGAGUUUGCUGUCGGCGCCCAGCAUUCGUGAGCGCGAGAGUAAACGCGUGGGCGAAGAAAUCUUGGAGCUGCUGAACAAGCCGACCGCGCGCGAGCAGAGCGUCGCGCAGCACUUCCGCUCUCAAGGAGGAGCAAAAGUGCGCGAAUUCUGCCCCAGAGGAACCGCUGAAGAAUGCAUAAGAUGGAGAGAAGGAAGAAAAGGGUGGAUACCAGGAAGUGGGGGAGGAGGAGGUGAGGGAGCCGGGGGCUUCUGUGGUAAACUUCACUUCAGGAAAAUUGUACAAGCUCACACUGACGAAUCCCUGGGCGACUGCAGCUUCUUGAACACUUGUUUCCACAUGGAUAGUUGCAGAUACGUGCACUAUGAAGUGGACUAUUCCGGCAUGGAGGAGCUGCGGCCAGACCAGGACGCCCCAUCCACACACCGCAACCCCGGCCUCUCCUCACCCCUGCGUGGGGGUUCCAGUAGGAUGAUGUCUCCGCCACGCCGCACGCAGGACCGCACGGUGCUUUUCCCGCCUCAGUGGAUACAGUGCGACCUGCGCUUCUUGGAUAUGUCCAUCUUGGGAAAGUUUGCUGUGAUAAUGGCUGACCCCCCAUGGGACAUACACAUGGAGCUGCCGUACGGGACGAUGUCUGACGACGAGAUGCGUCACCUGAACAUCCCCGCCCUGCAGGACGAGGGCCUCAUCUUCCUCUGGGUUACCGGCAGGGCCAUGGAACUGGGGCGUGAGUGCCUGCUGCUCUGGGGAUACGAGCGGGUCGACGAGAUCAUCUGGGUGAAGACAAACCAACUGCAGCGCAUCAUCCGUACGGGCAGGACUGGGCACUGGCUCAAUCACGGCAAGGAACACUGCCUGGUGGGCAUGAAAGGCAACCCGAAGAUCAACCGCUGCAUGGACUGCGAUGUGAUCGUGGCAGAGGUGCGUGCGACGUCGCACAAACCUGAUGAGAUUUAUGGCAUCAUCGAGCGCCUCUCGCCGGGCACCAGGAAAAUAGAACUCUUCGGCCGGCACCACAACGUCCAGCCCAACUGGUUGACGCUCGGCAAUCAGCUGGAGGGAGUCAACCUGCUGGAGGAGGAGCUGAUCCGCAAGUUCAGAGAGCAUCAUCCCGAGGGCGUCGCCGCUAAAGUUUGAGCUCCAGACGCAUUAUUUUACACCCAUUUACGAACGAGAAACAUUGUAAAUAGUACUGACUCAAAUUAUAAUUUAUUAGUUUAUAUUUUAUUCUGGACGUUGUGGCCUUGAUGGAAGUUCCGGUCUUGUAUUAAUAGCAGGGAAUAGACUUGAAAUUAGUGUCAAAACGAUUACUACAGGUAAAAUAUUGGAUCAAAAUCAAAACGCUAACAAGAGGUAGAUAAAUAGGGUUGAAGCGUUCAGGGUCCUGAAGUACGUAUCAUUAUUUCAAGAGACGUCCCUCAGUGAAAAAGAUUCUCCUGUACAUACGCAUUACCAACAACCCAUCACAUAGGGCAAUUGGUAUGAACUCACUAUCCAAAUAUUCCGACCUGUUGAAUAAAGUUCUACGUCUACAACGUGAAGUUGAAGAUUUUAAGUAUAGUAGAAAUAUUUUGCCGUCACUGACCGCAAUUUUACAAUUGCAUUCUGCCCUAGCGAAUCGUGAAAUUAGGUAUGGUGAAUAUCUUUAGUGGUACAUUUAGCCUGCGAUUAAUGAACGUGUCAUUCAUUUCCUACAAUUUUAGACGUGGCUGAAAUUAAGAUGUCGCUUUGGGGGCUGAUCUUCUAUUGCGCAAGCCUCGGUAUUACCGUUGGGUCUGAGCUAUUAAUUAUCAAUUUAAAUGUAAUAGUCGAAAUUGAUUAUUCCGAAUUUCAGCACGGCCAUUUUUCGAGACUUGAAAUUCAUAGGAGACUUUAUCCUAUAUCUUUUAAUUAUGACAAUUGUUAUUGCUUGUGUUGUCCGGUAACUUAUAAUUUUUUUCUCUA